AUGCCAAGAUUCGAUGUGAACUUCGCAGAUCCAAAACGAUAUUUCUAUCCAGGAGAAACAGUUGCUGGUACUCUCACAGUACGUGUGGACGAGCCAAUGAGAACUAAGAAGAUCACCUUAGAAUUUGAGGGUAAAUCUCACGUCUCAUGGAUGACAGGUCAUGGCAAAGAUUCGAAAUUUCAUUGGAACAGCGAGGUGUAUUUCAAGCACAAGGACAUUCUUCUCCCCCCAACUUCACCCCCAGAAGAAGGAAUACCCCUUCAAGUAGGGGACUAUACCUAUCCCUUUCAAUAUCAACUGCCCAAAUCCUUGCCGCCGAGUUUUAUUGCGCCCAUAACCAGCGGGUAUGUUCAGUACUGUAUGAAUGUGACCGUCGAAGAUAUUGAACUUAGUGCUCCGCACCACCCUGACUCGCAGAUCCAUUUCAAGGUAAUGAAUUAGUCAAUUGAAUUAGGGCAGGGGGGAUUGGUCUUGGUUCGAUUGAUUCUAGAGACGGAUUCUCAGUGAAGAUGCAUGAUCCGUAUGAAAGAUCAUGAUCCGUCUUUAAGUGUUAGUACCCUUGUGAACACCCUUUUAUCGGGCUAUUAACUUAAAAAUACAAAUGCUAAUAAUCCAUAAUACUUUUCCAAAGUUUUAGUAGUUUCUCAAUUAAUUCGCCUUUGGCAAUCUGAACAUUGAUUUCAGUUUGUACUUAUAAAAAAUAGAAGGAAUUACACGUAAUCAAUUUCUCUGACUCUCAGUUAUCCGGUUCGCAUGUGCCCGAAGUGCAUUGUUUUUCAGGUCUCUUAAAAAAAAAUAUUCUGAUUAUCAUACACACUCUCUUGCCUUUGCCCAGUUUCGUCCAGAGGGAUCAUUUGUCUUUAAGUAUAAACAGGUGAAGCAAACCAAUAUAAUUCUUGUUUUAGGUGGUUCCCACACCAGUUGAUUUGAAUGAAACACCUCAACUUUUGGAACCAAGAAGUGAAACAGUUGAAAAAUUUCUUUGUUGCCUUUGCUGCGAGUCAGGACCUAUUCGUCUUCGUGCUGAACUACAAAAACAAGCUUUUCAAGGGGGAGAACAUCUUGUUUUCUCAUUUGAACAUGAUAAUAAAACAACUAAUAAAUCUUUGAGAAAGGUCGAAGCGAGAUUAAUGCAACGAGUGACAUUUUAUAGUUCAUCACGUGAAGAAACACAAGAAUUCACAAUAUCUUCAGAAGUUUUGAGUGAAGACGUUCCACCUGGGAGUGAGGGCGCUUGGAAAGAUGCGAGUCUCACCAUCCCUCCUGAUACUGAGCCUAACUUUGAAUGCAAAUGUAUGUUAGUGGAGUAUUACUUUGAAGUGAGUGUUGAUAUAGAAUCGGCGUUUGAUCCUAAAGUGAUAUUUCCUAUAACAAUUGUAAAUGGCGUUAGGACAACUCAGCCAGGAUUAAUGGGGGCAGAAAAUGGGAUAUCUAAUGCAGAUACUGUAGUGUAUCACUCUGAAUACUUGUCACAAACCGCAGACUUGCCUCCUUCCUCAGGUCAGUCUUCAGGACUCGAGUCCCAACCUGCAAAUCACCUACCACCUGCACAUCCUCCACCACCGUACUCAGCCCAUUCUCCGCCCUCGAAUCUCCACAAUAGGCCGCCCUCAAUGCCAGCCAUCAUACAACAACCACCCUCAUUAGAAAAUAAAGAUUUCAUAUCAUAA